AAUUUAUAGUGCUUCAUGGAGGAGGUUAAGGAACACCCAUACGUCUUGGAAUGUGAAGCCGCUAAGCCACUGAUCGUUGACACCUUUAAAUUUAUAUACGACCUGGACUUUUUGAAUCCUCAGGCAGACGAGCUUACCACUCCACCACUGGCAAUGCCAAGGCUACCGCACGAAGUCAUCUUUGCGAUAGGCGGCUGGAGCGGUGGCAACUCUAAAGGUUGCAUCGAGACUUAUGACACGAGGGCAGACAGAUGGGUAACUAUUAACGCAGAGGAUCCUGCUGGUCCCCGAGCGUAUCAUGGAACCGCAGUGCUUGGUUUCAAAAUAUUCUCGAUUGGCGGAUAUGAUGGCGUAGAGUAUUUCAACACAUGCCGAGUUUUUGACGCGGUUAAAAAAAAAUGGAACGAAAUCGCACCGAUGCAUUGCAGGCGCUGCUACGUAAGUGUAACAGAGCUAAAUGGUAUGAUAUAUGCAAUCGGCGGCUACGACGGGCAUAACCGACUGAACACUGUGGAGCGGUAUAAUCCAAGGACCAACCAGUGGUCCGUUAUCCCGCCAAUGAACAUGCAACGCUCUGAUGCCAGCGCCUGUACUUUGCAAGAACGCAUAUAUGCUACAGGGGGAUUUAACGGCCAGGAAUGCCUAGACAGUGCCGAGUAUUAUGACCCUGUAACCAACAUUUGGACUAGAAUACAUAACAUGAAUCAUCGUCGGUCUGGAGUGAGCUGCGUGGCCUAGAAGCUUUACGUUAUCGGCGGCUUUAACGGAGCAGCGCGUCUAUCUACCGGAGAACGCUUUGAUCCGGACACGCAAACUUGGCACUUCAUUCGUGAAAUGAACCACUCUCGCAGUAACUUCGGGCUUGAGAUUAUAGACGAUAUGAUCUUCGCUUUAACGGCGUCUCAACGACCCUCAUACGGAAUGCUAUAACAUAGCUGGGCUCCC